UGUCUGCCUAUGAAUUUUCAACACUAGAAAGUUGUGUCAGAAAAAAGUACCUUGAAUUGCUGGAUCUAGCUAUCAGUGAGCUCGACACAAGAUUUCGUCAAAAAGAGAAACAUCUCUAGUUGAAGUGAUAGAACGCAUUUUGUUCAAUGCUGUCAAUGGCACUUCUUAGUGAAGAGACUGAAUCAUUGGGGUUAUAGAAGUGUCACAUUGGCCUAAAUCAGCUAAUUGUUCAACUGGAAAUGUUGCCAUCAGCUAUCCAAAUUUGGAACGAGAAAUUUGGUUCUGUGCAAAUAGUGUCAGUGACUAAAGACCAAUAGCAGCCAUGUUUUGGCUUGACGAGGGAUUGGGUAGUGAAUUAUAUAUUGAUGGAAUUGUGACUUUGGUUGAUGCUAAGCAUGGUCUUCAGUGUUUGCAAUUGGCCAAACCUGGCAUUAUCAAUGAAGCUGUGAGGCAAGUUGCUGUAGCAGACACUAUAGUAAUCAACAAACUGGAUUUAGUUUCUCCAGACCAGCUUAGAAGUAUCAGACAGCACAUUCAAACAAUUAAUGGCUUUGCAAAUUUGGUGGAAACUGAAAGAGCUUGGUAUGUGUCACAUAAGUGGCAGAGUAAACGGAGGAUUUUUCUGUGUCAGUGUUUGUUAACUUUAAUUGAUCUUUUUAGUCUAGACUUGGCACUGGUAUUUGACUUGAAUGCCUAUGAUUGCAAUAACGCAAAAAACAUCGGUGUAUUGAGUGAGAGGAUAGGACAGUCUAUAACUGAUCCUAAGCACAAUAUGGAUACGUCUGUAAAUUCAAUUGACUUUCAAGUGAAAGGUGACGUAGAUGAGUUGAAGUUUGAUGACUGGUUGCAGGGUCUUUUAUGGGAUAAGAAAUAUUCUGUUUCCGGUGUCAGUUACGAAGUGUCAGUUUUACGCUUAAAGGGUGUGAUUUCCAUGAAGGGCUAUUUGCGGAGAGUUGUUGUCCAAGCCGUGUAUGACGUAUUUGACAAACAACUUUCAACUAAUUGGGAAUCACCUGAAGAGCAACAAAACCAUUUAGUGGUUAUUGGACACAAUCUGGAUUCUUUGUCACUGAGUGAAUCAUUCAAGACUUGCUGCAUCCACACAUGAAGCCAUCUAUCUGGAGUAUACUUUUAAAUUCUUGCACAUGAUUUUUCUGUGUUUGACUUACAGUAUGCAUGGCGAACCAUAUUACUGCCAAAAAUAGGUGUCUCUAGAAUAUGGUGUUACAUCAUGUAUGCAGGCAUCAUCGUGCACAAGCGUGUUUGCAGCAUC